GGUCACGUGGAAGGAAGAUGGCGGAGGCCUCGGGGGGAGGGAGGAGGAGGAGGAGGAGGGAGAAGCCUCUCCGGUUCUGCCUUUCCCGGACACUCAGUUGGGUUUUGCGUCACGGAGCGGCGGAUGUGGGUUUGGAAAUGGGGCCGGACGGUUUCGUGGAGGUGGGGGCUCUGCUGCGCCUGCCCCAGUUGGCGGGGGUCUCGGAGGGGGAUUUGAUGCGGGCGGUGGUCGAGGACCCCAAAGGGCGCUUCGCCCUCAGCCCCCCUCCCCCCGCCCCUCCCCGCCGCAUCCGUGCGAACCAAGGGCACUCCCUGGAGGUGCCACUGCUGGAGCUGACCCCCCUGAGGACCCCCGGGUCGCUGCCCCCCACCCUUACCCACGGCACGCGGCGCCGCUGCCUCGGAGCCAUUCUGAAGGAGGGUCUGCGCCCAAUGGGUCGGAACCACAUCCACCUGGUGGGGGGGGAGGGGCUGCCGGUGGGAGCAGGGAUAAGGACGAACUCAGAGGUUCUGAUUGUCAUCGAUGGGACCCGAGCUCUGGAGGCUGGGAUCCCCUUUUUCUGCUCGGCCAAUGGGGUUUUCCUGAGCCCGGGGGACGGGGAGGGGCGAAUCCCCCCCAAGUUCUUCCUGAGGGUCCUGGAGCUGCACCCGGAGCGGCGUAGCGGGGGGGAGAGGGACACGGGGGGUGACUCUCCCCAUGCACAGGGAUGAAUAAACGACCACCGACCCCACA